AGCUGCGUUUACGCUUCAAGCGGUCGUGCACAGGCGGGCUCGGCGCUUCGGUUUUGCAGCUAGUCCUCCUCACCAGCUUAGAUCGGGAGCGGCGGCGAUGAUGCUGAGGGCGCGGCGAGCGGCGGUGCCGCUACUCCGCCUCGCCGACUCAGGCGCCGCUGGCGAGAGGAUUUGCGGCGGCGCGCAGCCCGCGCGCGCGGUGUUUGCCCGCGGGUUCCUGGAUUUCUUCAAGACGUGGAGCAAGGAGACCGCCGAGGAUGCGGAGAAGAAGGCAAAGGCGAAGGCCAGGCUUACUGACGAGAUGAGCAGGGGGUACUUCCAGGACAUCUCCGAGAUCCGUAAGAACGCUGGCAAGAUUGCGGUGGCGAGUAAGAUCAUUAUCCCAGAGGUCGCUGCCGUGAAGUUCCCUAAUCUUGCUUUGGAGUCCCCUGCUGGUAGAGCAUUGCAACUGCCGCUUGUUGCGUCUCCUCCGCUAGACAGCAGUCAUGGGGCUGGUGGUACAGUGCCGGUGGUUCCUGAUGCGGCACUGGUGUGCCUUUCGUUUCGUGCAAGCUCGCAGAAAAUGGCAGAGUCAUGGAGUCUACCUUUUCUUGAUGCAUUUGGUGCUACUGGGAAAGUUGAAGCGUAUGAGGUCUCAUUUAUAGAUGCAUGGCUGUUAUCAUCAAGUCCCGUGAGGCGAGCAUUCCUGAAGAUGAUGAGGAAAUCGGACAAUCCACAAAGACAUGCCGUCUAUGCCUUUGGAGACCACUAUGACUUUAGGAAGGAGCUUCAAAUUGUAAACCUUCUUACGGGGUACAUAUACCUGGUUGAUCGCCUGGGUAGGAUAAGAUGGCAGGGCUUUGGAGCUGCGACGCAGGAAGAGUUGUCAUCGCUAACAGCGUGUGCCUCCAUCUUGUUAGAUGAGAAGUGAAUUUAAAAGCCUUCUUAAACAUUGGCCAUUUUAGGCUGGAGAAAUUUUGUUUCGUCGUGGUUUCUAGGCUGUUUCGCCCUUGCCCCCCCCCCCCCCCCCCCCCCUUCUUUCCUUCACGAGGGACAAUUUUUUCUCUGACAGAUAACACAUACUAUAUGGAUUGGCUUGUUUUCUGCAAUCCAAGUCACAUAAUAAUGUAUUAAUGUAACAGAGUGAAUUCUCAGCAUGGAUUGGAUGCACCAGAAAUAAUUGAACUGAAAUACUAGCCUUCUUAGAUCAAAUAGUGAAGUUGCUUGGAUAUAGCAUGUCCUGCAUUGAGGGCGAUAUCAAACUUGUAUAACUUUUGACUAUUAAAGUAUUUAAAAUUAUUCAGAUGUGUAAUGUGACUAUUAUUUUCGGAUUUGUUAUGAAAAGAACUUGCAUAAUA